CAUAUCACAUUUUAUUCGACUUGACUGUUGAAAUACCGGCAUAAAAUGGGUGCGUUCAAUGUUUCACUCAAUUCAUUCAAUUUGAAUUAAUGAAAACUGAGGAGAAAACAUAAUAUUUCCAUUUUUUUACAUUUUUAUUUACGUUUUUUUCUUACAUGUUUAAUCUGAAUUUAAAAUGUAAUUUGGUGGAAAAACAUACACACAAUAGAUUAGUCCAAGUGUGUCGUAAAUGUCCCAACUUCAGAUUAAAUGGGUCUAACAUUGAACUUUCAAUUUGAAUUGACACAAACCAUUUUUUCGGCAACACAAACCGAUAAACCGAUGUCGACACAACGCGUGUAAAGGUUACGAAAAUAGCGGCAUUUCUGAACGCAAAUUUAUUUAGCAUUUGAUGUUUGACACAAACGCGAUUUAAUCGAAAAUGAAUAAAUUGAAAUUUGCGUUUCAUAUCAUGUUUCAAGGCUAUACGCAAAUAUUGUUGAUGGGAUUUUAUUCGUGCCUAUGGAACAUUUAUAAACAUAAAUAGCCGCAACAUUUGGAAUUAUUUAAUCAAAAUGACAAUAAGAAAUUUAUUUCAACCAUUUUUUUCUGCUGUUUAUCGUUGAAUAAUUUUUAACUGACCUAAUUUUCCUUGUUUUGUUUUUCUUCCAGAGAAACCAAUAGCAACAUGCCACGAAAUAACAGUAAAUUCUCCUGGUCAAUACUGAUGCUGUUGCAAUUGAGCAUUGUGCUAGCAUCGCCGCCGAAUAUUGCCUAUCCCGAUUCAUAUGAAAUGUAUUCGUACAAAGAGCCAAGAUCGAUGAAUGAUUUGAAGCAGCAGCACGUGCGGCAGGCAAUGAUUGAUGUGACCGAUACAAUCAACGAAGUGCAGAAGAUUUUGCAGAAAGAUCCCCGUCUGCCUCGACUGACUCGUGGGGAAAUCGAAGACCUAUUCGAAAUGGUGACGCGUGAAGAGUACAAACGAAGUUUGGCAAUUGGAGAUUUUGAACGUGCCAAACACAUGCGAUCAUUGAUGUUAGUGCUGCCAUUCAACACAAACAACUACUCGGAGGAGCGAUUAGAGGAGCUCUUCACUCAAACACCCGUCACCAAAAUGAUUGACGUCACCAAAAAUCUCAAAAAUCCGAAACCUCAACGAAUUGUUGUCCCCGCAUCAGCGGAAAACUCCGUGUUAGACAUGAUUGGAGCACAUUCCGAUGUAACUAAUCAUAAAAUGCCCACCACAUUCAAACCGAAUUUCCCAAUCAACCGUAUGAAAACCACAUACACAGCUCCGGUGACAACGUUCCAUCCCAAAGCAACCGUACAAACUGUUUCGGCUUACAAUCCAAGAUUGACAGCACAAACCGUUGCGAAUAUGCACCCGAGAAUGACGAUGCAAACAAUGCCAAGCCUGUACCCGAAACCAGCGCCAGCGCAAACCUUUGCAACAUUCCAUCCAAAGAGUACAAUGCAAACGAUGGCAAACAUGUAUCCAAAAUCAACAGUUCAAACGGUGUCUGGAUAUCGUCCAAAAGCAACACUUCAAACUGCUGCUAGUUUCAAUCAACCUAAGACCACACUUGAACCACCAAUUUCGUCAUACCAUCCAAAGGCAACGCUUCAAACUAUUUCGGCCAAUGCCAUUCCAACUGAUUUUGUGUCCACAUACCAUCCGAAAACCGCAACAUUCAAAGUGACACAAGAAUCGAAUGUGGGCAGCACGCAGCUGAAUCCAAAGUACAGCAGUCGAUUCAGUGCACAAACGACAUACUUCACUCCGACCGUUACACCAACAAUGCGACCAAAUGUGAAAAAUAUGCUUGCUUCGAUUGGUUUGGAACCCGAUGACACACCAACUAUUUCAAGCGAGUCACAACAACCGUCAACCAUUGCUGGUCCAACCACUGUAAGAACAACUACUAUCGCGGCAACGACGACGACAACCACCACAACUCCAAAACCUGAACUCACACCUGAGCUCAAAGAAUUGCUGGAAUCAUUUGGAUUGCUUACAAAUGAAGAGCCACCAGCCCAUGUAACCGCAGGUGCAUAUCAAGAUGAGUUCCAUCCGAUUUUCCCAAGCUCAUUGAAAGAUGAGUCGCUUUCGGUGAGUGAAUUUAAACCAUUGCCAAAAUCGGUGACUGCUUCCGAUAUUGAGGGUAAAAUCGAAGAAAGUUCGUUGGAAAUCAAACCCGAUGACUUUUCCUCUUUCAAACCGCUUCCGUUGCCAGAGGAAAAGGCCGCAAAAGAUGAAGACCUAGAGAAAUUGCUAAAAACAUACGGUCUUCUGGAGGAAGAAGAACGCGGCAGCAAAGAAAUUGACGAUGUCAUUGAGAAAUUAAACAAUGACAGCGAAGAAAGUGGCAGCGAAACAUUCGAAGUAACUGCAAAACCGUACAACAAAAUCUCCGAAGUGCCAGAGGUUGAUGUAGGAUUUUUGUCACCGGAAUUGGCCAAAGUGCUCGGUAAUAUUGGUGUGAAGAGUGUGAAUCAGCAAGCAACAAGUGCAACACCGGUCAUCACAAGACGAAUUGAUACAACUGAACCAGUGGAACACUCAACUGGUCAAGGUAUAUCGUCGACUAUGAAAGAAGAUUAUCAGAAAUUGCACCUACUGCUGGACACUAUCAAACAAUUAGACAAUCUAAAUGCCAAUCUCACUGAAGAAGAAUUGGAUAAGUUGAAUUUGAAAAAUUUCAACUUGAGCAAAGACACUUUGCUCGAAAGUGAAGGACCAGAUCCAACCUAUGACGUUCAGAGUGCAACGAAAAAUGAAGUAAAACGACAAACCAACGCUUCCGAACCGACACGAAUUCAACUGGAUAUCACCGGCACAACUCAAUCGUCGGGCAGUAGUUCAACCACAUCAGACGAUGAUGAUGCCGAUGACAUUACAAAAUCCGACGACCAAGACACUGCGAAGUUGGAAAAUGUGGCAAUGGACGAUGAAAAAACUAGUGAAACACCACGCGAAGGUAAAAAUGAGGACUUGAAAAAAGAAAAAGACACAGAGACCGAGUCAUCAUCACCGUCGUCAACCACAUCGACAACAACUACAACAGAAGAGUCUAAAAAUGGCGAUUUAGCCGGUUCAUUCGGCGGCAACGACGGCUUAGAUCAACCAGUAUCUGAGGAACCAUUGCCACCACCGCGUAAAAAUGGUUUCUACUUUUUCUCCGAUUGGAACUCAUUUUUAGAAGUCGGUGAAGAUCCCGACAAAGUUGUUGUACGAUUCGAUCCGAAAAUUGGCGACCCAAGCCAAUUUGUUAAGGUCAAAGACGUAUAAUUUCGUCAAUGAGAUUGAUGAUUGUAGCUUAAAGUAGAACAAUUUAAGGAUUUACUCUUAGCCCGCGGAAUUUUUAUUUAUUUUUUAAAUUUGUUAUCCGCUCGCCGAAUUUUUUUAGAAAAUUAAUCGAAAAAAUACAACUUUUUUCUAUUGCAUUGAAAGGAAAAUACUGGAUGAUUAAAAUCUGUUAUAAACAUU